AUGAAAUUUGGGAAGGAGUUCAGGACCCACCUGGAGAAAACCCUACCCGAGUGGAGGGACAAGUUCCUGUGCUACAAGCUGUUGAAGAAGCUGCUCAACCAUUAUCCGGCCGCCGUCUCCGUCGAUCUGCCGCCGGACGCGCGUCGGCUGCCGGCGGUUCAGGGCUGGUUCGCGGCGAUUCUCUACGAGGAGCUGGAGAAGUUCAACGACUUCUACGUCGAGAAGGAGGAGGAGUUUAUAAUCCGCUUCCAGGCACUUAAGGAAAGGAUUGAGCGAGUGAAGGAGACUGAGUUUAGUGAAGAAAUGAUGAAGAUACGCAAAGACUUUGUCUCCAUUCAUGGAGAGAUGGUUCUUCUCAAAAGCUACAGCUCCCUUAACUUUGCGGGCCUUAUUAAAAUUUUGAAGAAAUACGACAAACGAACGGGAGACUUGCUGAGCUUCCCUUUCACCCGGCUCGCUUUCCACCAGCCAUUCUUCACGACUCAACCACUCACACGAUUAGUCCGCGAGUGUGAAGAGAAACUCGAGAUCCUAUUCCCGAUCGAACCAGAGGUGAUCGAACCAAAUCCUCCCAUGCAGGAUCAAACAGCUGCUGCUAUACCUCCUGCCGACUUGCCAAACACGCCCUUAGAAUCGGCAUUAUCGUUCGGGGAAGAAAAAACAGUGGGCAUAUACAAGAGCACCCUUGCCGCAAUAAACGCCAUACAAGGUUUGAAAAAGGCUAGCUCGACUUAUAACCCUAUGUCCAUGUCAUUUCUGUUCGGGAGCCACCUGGACAGCGAGUGCACGGGUGGCGUGACAGCUCAAAACUCGCCCUCCAAUUCUUUCAUCGGGUUGCAUGACGUGGAGAAUGAAAAUGAAGAUAUUUUUCCAGACUAA